AUGAACUUUUUGCGAAGCAGGAAAGGAGGAGCGGGGGAAGGCAAAAAAAAACCCCCAGAGGAGGAGAAAAAGGAGGAGAAAAAAAAACAGAACUUUCUCAAAGUUGCGUUCAACUACGUAAAGUACAUUUUGGAUAACAAAGUGAAAAGCAAAUAUAAGUACUCCUUUUUUAUGGGUCUGUUUAUAAUUUUUUUAAUCUUCAAUGGGUUUUUUCAAAUGCUGCUGGAGUUUUACCACACGCAUUUUUACAAAUUCAAGUACAUUGACGUAUCUGACACGGACAAGUUGAAGGAAAUCUUUUUCAGCAACAAGCCAUAUUUGGUGUACUGCAAAAAUGAUAAACAGGAGACAAUUCACCCAGCCAUUAAUUCCAGCCGGUCAAAUUUUCCAGACAUUCUUAACAUUGCAAUUAUUAACUGUAAUAGUUUACUUCCAAGCAAGCAGACCGUCUAUGAGCGUUUCGCUAUGGACCCCAAGACGAAGGCCUUCAUCAUUUGCUACGGAAGGAAACCAAAACCAAUUACGCUAAACAUGCUGAAUAACAAGAAAAAAUUCGUAUCAUUUGUGAGGGAAGCGCUAGUAUUUAGUGUUCCUUUUUUUUCCAAAUUUCCGCAAUUUCAAACCAAAUGUUUAAAUAAAAAUAAAAAAUGCAUCCUCUUCAUUUGCGGAAUUCAUAUUACCAAUAGGGGCAUAAAAUACAAUUACAUUAAUGACAUUUUUGUUAAUAAUAAAUAUUUUGAUAUAAGUCCUAUGAUUUUGGACAAUAGGAAGUUUUUGCUCAAACUGAGUGAUGAGGUGUUUUCCUCCUAUAAUAAGAAGCGGGAUAUUCAUGUGCUUUGCCUUUUUAACUCCCCCGAGGGGGAGACAGACCACUACUACGGGUACUUUUACAAGGACGAUUUUGAGGACUUCCCCAAGCUGUCCUCCUUCGUCUCCGACUGCAUGAAGGCCACCGGCAAGAGCCCCGAGGUUGUCAAGCUCUCCGCCGUCCCCCAAAUUAAGUACAGGACGAGCAAGAAGAAGUGA